AUGUAUCAAGGUUUUUGUAUCAUAAAUGAAUGCAACAUUACACAAAAUAGAGUCUUCGAAGAUUGUGGAGGUUACUGGGUUCAAGAAAUUACCUCUGAUUCAUACAUCACUUGUGUCAAUGUUGUUGAAAACAAUCAAUCAUUAGAUAGUUUUAAUUCCCACAGAUCUUCUUAUUCUUAUUCAUCAAAAUUUAAAGUUACUUCAUGUAAUUAUAUAAGAAAUAAAAGUCCAAAUAGAGGUUAUCUGAUUUCUUCUUUUUGUGAUGUUUUCAUGAGUUAUUGUUGUAUUCUUAAAAAUGAAAUUAAAUAUAUUUUUAAUGCAUUUUCAAAAUCAAUAACAUUUGAAAACUCAGCUACAGAUAUCAUUAAAUCAACAGAAACAUCACCAACAUUUAAGAACACAGAUAUUUCAUUUGAAAACGAAUGCCCUCUUUUUAAAUUAGAAGUUGACGAUUCAUCAAAGUAUAAAUGUCGUCCUUCCACUCCAAAUAAUGACGAAAACGAAGAAAACGAAGAUAAAAUUUAUGUUAGAAAUCAUAUUAAAUUUUUCUAUUUAUUUUUAUCUCGUAAAUGA